AUGGGCUGCGCACCGUCCCGUCCCUCGAACCCCGUCCCCCGGCCGCGAAGGCAGACCGACGAGCCCCGAAAGCCCAACAACAGCCGCCUAUCCCGCCCCUUCGACCCCAACAUCCCUCUAUACGUACCCCAUUACCAACACCCGUCCGUAGUACCGCCCGUUGAUCCGGCAAGGUACGGGGACGCAUACGCGCAGCUGAACGGCCGCAGUAAGCAGAAGCGCGCGCCGACGCCGUACAAAGCACGCCAGAGUGUACGGCCGGUCGAUCCGGAAAGGUACGGGGAUGCGUACGCGCAGCUGAACGCCCGCAGUGCAACAGAAGGGCGCGCAGGCCUCGCGCAAGGAUCAGAAGGUGCAGUAUGCCCAGGGCCCCAGGGUCAAGAGUCAGGCGGUGCAUUAUUCUAA